AUGGCCACUCCGCCAGUCGAAGAGGUGGAGCUCACUAAAGAUAUAGUGCUCACCGAGGAGGUCCUGGAACGCUUCGAAGAGAAAUUUCGAAGUAGGAAAUGGGACACCUUUGAGCUCCCAGACGGUCCCCUGCCCACCCUCGAGAGGUUUGCUCGACAUGGAGGUCCGGAUCUUAGCGAUCUACGAUUUGACAACGACGAAUCCAACUCUCGGGAAAAGCCCCGAAGCUUCUCCCUUGGAGUAGGCCCAGGUACACAUUACAACGAGCUUCCCGACUCUCAGGAAACGCCUCCAAGCGACCCAGUUGGAGGAGGCGCCCCAGCUGGAGGAAACGGCCAAGCUGGAGGAAACGGCCAAGCUGGAGGAAACGGCCAAGCUGGAGGAAACGGCCCAAUUGAAGGAAACGGUCCAGUUGAAGAAAACGGUCUAGUCGAAGAAAUCGGCCCAGUUGGACCGCCCAGCAUUUCUUUCCAGGAUAUCCUCACCUCGUACAGCAUCCAGCCUCUCGGGGAGGUGUUAUCACAGCUGCGAGAGACAACCCACGACCUGCACUGGAUGGAGGCCUGGGUCAGAAACACCCUGACCGAGACCGUCGUGCCUCACACGCCCCCAUCCCCCCAGGCCUUUCUGCGCUUCCGCCCCCUCGGCGCGUCCCACCUGCCCGGCAACGUCUUCGACGACUUCUCCCAGUACUUCUGCCUCCGGAGGUUCACCGACGCCAACCCAUCCGUCCAGGUGAGGCGAAACCUCGAGUUCAGCCCCCAGGCGUCAAUGACAAACGGGGACACCUUGCCCGCCGUGGCCCAGUUCUGCGACGGCGCCGACGUAACCUACCUCCUCCAGGACUUGCACCGCCAGCUCGCCCAGCUCGUCGACCCGAGCACCGACUCGGAGGGCCCCAUCGCCCCCAACUUCUUCCUCGAGACCGCCACACCCUGGGAGCCGUCCGCGAUCCUGAGGAACAAGGCCCGCGAGCUCGGCGCGUACGGCGCGAGGGCCAUCUACACCCUGCGCAGGCACGCCGACGAGGACGGUGCGCUCCGCCGCCGGGAUCGUAACGAGAUGGAGAUGCUCGCCUUCUCGGCCACGUUUCAGGACGGCAACCUAAAGCUGUACGGACACUCUGUGGGGUUGGCGCGUGAGAACAGGCAGCAGUUCCGCAUGCGGCUCAUCGCGUCUUUCGCCGUGGACUCGGACGUCGAGACGAUGAGGAGGGCGUGGACGUUGCUAUGGGGGCUGAGGGCGGAGGCGAUGAGGCUGCGCGAUGAGGCCAUCGGGGGCGCCAACAGGCGGCACGAGGAGGAUCUGGCGAAUGAGUUCGCAAUAUUCAACCCUCAUGAUGUACUGAACGAUGAUGAUAAUCAGGCGCCUUGA